AUGGAAGUUCCUGUAAUUCACAGAAUCAACGAUUUUCAGAUUGCUUCUUCAUCUCUCACAGGCAUUCAAUCUGUUUCUGCAGCCUACAAUUUUUGCAAAUGGAGUGCUGUGAUUCUCGCUCUCGUCGCUGCCUUCGGGAGUAUCGUCAACAGAAUCAAGAUUCUCAUCCUCAGAUUGCGCCAAGAGACUCAUUCUCUUGCCUCCAGUAAUCUUCUUAGCGAUCUCGACCUCGAUGAUUAUAGCAGCAGCUCCGACGGAGAGGACGGUAGCUACUCGUCAACGUCAACUGUACCAUCGGAGUACGAAGACGACGAAGAUGAGCAAGUUGAGUUCUCGGGAUCUUUCCAAUGGCGGCGAGUCGAUGAAGAUUUCCUGGUCAGAGGCUCCGGUCAUCAGCUCGAUGACCAGUUGCAGAGUGGUAAAGUGAGGCACCGACGACGUCUUAGCAUCGGAGAUAUUUUUUCACUGUCGGAAAUCGCCAACAACAAGAGCGUGGUGAAGCUAUGGGACAGCAUAGGAUUUGGGCUGGGAUUAGACUUCGACGAUUAUGAAUCCUCUUGCUCCGCUUCCGCCGUCCCUGGAGCCUUGGUGUGCGACGAAAAAACAUCUGUCCCAGCGCAGUCUUGCUUGUCUCCCGCUGUAGUAGUUUCGGCCGGGGAAAGCGCGUCGGGAAAUUUGGCCGUGACGAUUUGGGACACGCGCCUUCGGCGCCGGACUCCGGCUGUGAUCGCGGAGUGGGAGCCUAAUGAGGGAAAGGUCGUGGGCGUAGGUUCCGGCGGGGUGGAGAAGGUGUUCGUCAAAGAUGACGUCCGUUGUGGCGUCAUGGUAGGCGACAUGAGAAAAGUUACGUCGCCUUUAGGCAGUGUGACGGAAUCUGACUUGGAUACAUGGUGGGAUAAGGACGCUGUCAUUGUUUCCGGCAAGUCCGACGAGUCAUUUUUGCGGCGGAAGUAA